AUGCCGUUCAAAAAAAGUAAGAAACCUUCUGGGAAAGUGUUCCCCGUCCGUGUCACGACUAUGGAUGCCGAAUUGGAGUUUGAUCUCGAUUUAAAAGCCAGCGGAAGAGAUCUUUUCGAUUUAGUUAGUCGGACUAUUGGUCUUCGUGAGGUUUGGUAUUUUGGACUACAGUACGUCGACUCGGAGGGCUUCGUAGCAUGGUUGAAGUUGGAUAGAAAAGUUCGUGAUCAGGAUAUUCUUAAAAAAAUGCCAGUUCCUUUCUUAUUUCUAGCAAAAUUCUAUCCCGAAGACAUGGCUGAAGAGUUAGUUCAAGAAAUAACACAACAUCUUUUUUUCCUGCAAGUUAAGCAAGCUGUACUUAACAUGGACAUUUACUGCCCUCCCGAAGCCUCUGUCUUGUUAGCUUCUUAUGCUGUACAGGCUAAGUACGGAGAUUAUGAUGAAGCUACUUACAAACCUGGCAUGUUAGCCAAUGAAGAUCUUUUACCUCAAAGAGUUGUUGACCAAUAUCAAAUGACACUAGAAAUGUGGGAAGAGAGAAUCAAAAUUUGGUAUGCAGAUCAUCGAGGCAUGACACGUGAUGAAGCAGAAAUGGAAUAUUUGAAAAUAGCCCAAGACUUGGACAUGUAUGGUGUGAACUAUUUUUCAAUCUGUAACAAGAAAGAGAGCGAGUUAUGGCUUGGGGUCACUGCUCUUGGUCUCAACAUUUAUGAGAGGAGUAAUAAGCUAUCCCCAAAGAUAACCUUUCCCUGGAGUGAAAUUAGGAAUAUAUCUUUUGAUAAUAAAAAAUUUACUAUAAAACUUGUAGAUAGAAGUACUCCGUCCUUUCAGUUUUACUCUUCAAAAAUUCGAAUGAACAAAUUAAUAUUGGAUCUGUGUAUUGGAAAUCAUGAUCUCUUUAUGCGACGUCGUAAACCAGACUCUAUGGAAAUUCAACAAAUGAAAGCACAAGCAAAAGAUGAAAAAGUGCGCCGACAAAUUGAACGCAAUAAGCUUGCAAGAGAAAAGCAGUUGAGAGAAGAAAUUGAAAGAGAGAAAGCAGAACUUCAGCAACGAAUGGCACAGUACCAAGAAGAAGCUAGAGUUGCUUUAGAAGCUUUACGUCGGUCCGAAGAAACGGCUGAACUUUUAGCAGAAAAAGCUAGGAUAGCUGAAGAAGAAGCGAUGCUGCUUACACAAAAAGCGUCAGAUGCUGAAGCUGAGAUUCAAAGAGUCAGAAUUAGUGCCAUAAAAACUGAGGAAGAAAAGAAAUUAAUGGAGAGAAAAGCUUAUGAGGCUGAACUGCUUGCAAACAGGAUGAUACAGGAAUCUGAGCGUAGAGCGAAGGAAGCGGAAAGAUUAAAAGAAGAACUUUUAAGAGCUCAAAUGUCGGAAAAAGAUGCUAAAGAAAAGCUACACGAAAUAUUUAAGAACAAUUAUUCUAAACCGUACUUAACAAAUAUGUCUAUAGAUGUUUUAAAUGUUGUGCCAAGGCAGUAUACUGAACAAGAUUCAGAACAUUUUAAUUCACGUAGUUCUGUAACAUAUGAUCUAAUUGCAGAUCAAGAAAUGGAAAAGUUGACUCUUGAAAUGGAGAAAGAAAGAGUGGAAUAUUUAGAAAAAAGCAAACAUUUGCACGAACAAUUAUUAGAAUUAAAAACAGAAAUUGAAGUUUUAAAAGUUGAAGAUAAUGUAACAUCUCUCGAUCAAAUAUAUGAAGAUAAUGCUGGUCGAGGUGAAAACAAAUACUCCACUCUCAGACGAACAAAAUCAGGUUCCACAAAAACUCGCGUAGCUUUUUUCGAAGAAUUAUAGAAAAAUUAUGUGAAUCUGAAUUGAUUUUUUUUUAAAAAAAAAAACAUUGUUAUUUAAAUUCAGAGUGUGUUUUAGUGAGUUGGGCUAAAAAGCUAUUCUAAUCAUUCAUACUCUGAAUUUAAUGACAUAUUUUAAAUCAUAUUUUUAAAAAUGAUUUUUGAAAACAAGGUGGACUAAAAUAACUUGAAUCUCACAGUGUUUAUGUUAAAGAUUGAGUGUCCUUGUGGUGCCUGACUUUGAAAAUGCCAAAAAUUUUGUACAGAAAGAUAAACUUUCCUAUAUUAUUAUUAUCUUUCCUUGUGUAAAUAUAUUUAUUACUUUUAUUCUUACAAAUAAUCUAUCUGGAGAAAAUUUAUUACAGAAGCUUAAUAUAUAUUUAUAAUGUAUGAAGAUAUUUAUUAAAUUAGUAGUAAGGUAUAUCUUGUUGAAUUCAAUAAUACAUUGUUUGUUUAGGGAAGAGUAGAAUGUCUUGAUUUUUUUUUUCUUCCAGGAAAUGUAAGGUAAAUAUCUAUCUAUGCUUAAAGAAAUCUUAAUCUGAUACAGUUGGCUCUCUGCUUUAUGCUGCUUUACUUAAUAGGUCUAGUAGAAAUUUUUGUUUAUAGACAAUAUUUUGCAGUCCCAAACUCUCUACCACUGGAAAUUACUGUAGGGUUGCUACAGGCUACUUUAAUGCAAUAUUUUUUCCCUUUAAACGACUGUUUCAACUUUUUUAAGCAAAAAAAUGCUGAAAAACAACCUUUUUUCUACAGAGCUACUUUUUUGGAGCCCCUCACCCCACAUCACCUCAAAAGAACAAAAAAAUAAAUGUUCUUUUAAAAAUACUCAAGGUUCUUCUCACCCUAUUUGUUUUUUUAUUUGUUAUUUUGAAACAUAUUGUUGAUAAUUGAUAUUUAUGGAACUGCUCAAAAAGCACUUUUGUCCGCUUCAUGCUCCAAAAAGGCAACUUUUGUGCUUUAAAAUGCUCCAAAGGUAUUGGGAUCACGGCACUUUGCACUCACAGUCAAUAACACCUUUUCUGAGAAAUAUAGCAUCAAACAAGGGUGUAAAAUUGUAAUACAUAGAGUGUUUAUUCAUAUUACAUGAGCUUUUAUAUCUUAGCAUAACAUUUGCAUUUAUUUUUCAAUAGCAAUGAAAAAUAUAAAUAUUUUGUCUUUACUUCGACAACCUCUCAUUAAUCUGAAAGGGCGAUAAAUUCCAAUCUCAUCUUGUGCACAGCACAGUCCCAAAUAAUUUCAGUUUUAGUUGCAAAUGUUUAAAAUUUUUUGUGCUGGAAUUAUUGUUUAAUGGAGAUUAUUUACCUAAACACAAGUUAGCUGGAUCUAAAGUCCGUAUUGAGUUAAAAUUCAUAUUUUUCUUUUUUGCUUCAAACUUUCAAUAUCUUAACUCUACACCUUUUGAAAAUCAUUUUUGCAACUGGAAGUAUGGGUUUAGUUCUAACGGUUGCAAAGAUGCAGGUUAAACGGGGACAUGCUGUAUAAGUAGCAGCUGUUAGAGAAAGAAGACGAACAUACCACCUUGAUGCCUUCAAAUUAUUUUUAUAUUUCUAAUCAAAAUCUAAGGUAAUCAGACCAAUAAAUGAAUACUUAAACACAUCAUUUCCAGAAAUUCAUAAUAUUGUUAUGAAACUAGUAUUUGGUGCUUGACAUAAAAAAUAUUUUUAUUUAUAUGUUAUUAAUUUAAAAAGCUGGGAGAACUUUUACGUUCGCCAUUAGGUUUUUGAGGAUUUAACUGAAAGUAGUGCUGAAAGCAACCCAUUAAAUGAACAUAUCUAACCAGUUGUUCUGGAAAAGUAUUUCAAUUUAAUUUUCCUAAAGCAUAUAUGUAAUUAUAAAAUUAUUUUUAGUUGAUUUUUUUAAAGGUCAGUGUUUAAAAAGGUAUUCUACUCUUCCCUUAUAAAUAUAUACUUGUUUUCCUAAAGCUAAGCACAUAUUGAUAGAUACACUCUAUCUAGGACAGAUAUACAGGUUCAUGGGCCCAUUUCAAAUGCAUUUUUAGUGACACCUUAAAGAUAAAUAGAGCUUCAAAAACUUUUUAUGUGCCUUUUUGGAUCCCCUUCAUAGCCCCAAUAUCCUGGAUGCCCCUUGCAAUUUUUACAUUGUAAAUCUGCUGCUGACUCUACUUCUGCAGCUAGUUCAAGCUCUCUGAAUUAGAUUGGCUUCUUGAAAUUAACAUUUUACUUCCUAUUCUUAACUUUUGCCAGUGAAUAUAUUGUUAAUUCAAAACCAUCUUCAAAGUCAGAGUAUAUUUAUAUUAUAUUUGAAAAGUGCUUUAAAUUUCUUGUGAAGCUUGAAUGACGGUGCUCUUUGUAAAACUUUUACUAAAAAGUUCAAUCUUGAAAUAUAUGCAAAUACUUUUUUCUGUAUCAAUUAAAUUUUUAAGAAAUUCUGCAUUUUUUAAAACUAAUUUAUGUAUAUUCUGCUCCAUUUUUCAUUCAAAGGAUGAAACAACAAACACUUCAAAGAAUUGCUUCAUCGUUCUACAAUACAGUUGAACUCACUUAUAACGACAGUGAAGGAACCACGAUUUUUGCUAGUUAUAAAUAAGCUUGCCAUAUAUCUGAGAUGUUCAACCGGGACACGGGAAUGUCCUCCCCCCCCCAUCAAUGUCACUAGUAUCCUAAAGGGUACACACCUGUGGAUAAAUUUUGGGAGUGUACGGCAGUUUAUUCCUAUGAAUUUUAUGUUUACUAAUUAUGAACCUAAAACAGUAGUAAUAAAACAUGACAUAAGCAGAUAAAAUUCGAACAUUUCACUUCUUAGAUGUAGAUAUUUACAAUUUAUUUUAGUACGAAAAAAUACUUUGAAUUAGGAAUAAAAACUGAAUACUAUUUAGUUAUUCUUUUCAUUUUAUAGUACUUUUUCAGACAGUUUCUUUUGGUUUUGGUCUUGUAAAAAUCCUCACAAGCUAAUCCAGUAUUAAUUUUAGUACCCAAUUUUACAAAUGAUAUAGUAAUUACCCUAAAUUAUCCUUCACAGUUAAUUAUUUUUAAGGUUUUUUGUCACUUGUAAUGAAAUUUAUCUUUUUCCGGGAUAUGAAGUAAAACGGCCAGGACACCGGGAUUUUUUCUGAAAACCAGGACUGUCCUAGUCAAACCAGGAUGUCUGGCAAGCCUAGUUAUAAACAAGUGCUUGU